GCCGGGAGUGGGCUGGGGGAGGGCGCCGGAAACCAGUUGCUUUCGUGGACGUGUCUGACACCCGCUCUCAGGAUGGGACGCGUGUCACUCCUGCCCCACCCCCAGGGGCAGAUCUGAGAAGCGUGGACGGGGUCAGCAAGGCCUCCUCCAACCCCUCACCUCAGUGCGAGGUGAGGGUGGGGGAGCAGCCGUUGCCCCGGAAGAUGACCGUGUCGCUGAGCUGUGGAGCAGGGCCGCUGCAGGUGAUCCUGGGCCCAGAGCAAGCCACGGUGCUGGACUGCGGUCUGGGGGCGGCUACUGCAGGACAACCCCCCAGCGUCACGUGGAGCAAGGAUGGAGGCGUCCUGCCCGAGCACAGCCACCUUCGCCUGCUACCCAAUGGCUCCCUGUGGCUGUCCCAGCUGCCAGCUCCUGACGGCACUGACCCUGGGGCUUCAGAGGUCAUUGAGGGCAGCUAUUCCUGCCUGGCCCGCAGCCCCGCUGGAGUGGUGGCCAGCCAGGCUGCGGUGGUCAAGCUUGCCACACUUGCAGGCUUCUCCCUGCACCCGCAGUCUCAGACGGUGGAGGAGAACGGGACCGCUCGGUUUCAGUGCCACAUCGAAGGGCUGCCAGCACCUGUCAUUACUUGGGAGAAGGACCAGGUGACGGUGCCUGAGGAGCCUCGGCUCAUCACCCUUCCCAAUGGGGUCCUCCAGAUCCUGGACGUUCAGGAAGGUGAUGCAGGCUCCUACCGCUGCAUGGCCACCAACUCAGCAAACCAGCGCUUCAGCCACGAGGCCCUCCUCCGCGUGGCCCACAGAGGGUCCCUGGCAUCCAUCGGGGGGCAGGACGUGGUCAUUGUGGCAGCCCCAGAGAACACCACCGUGGUGUCUGGCCAGAGUGUGGUGAUGGAGUGUGUGGCCUCUGCUGACCCCACCCCUUUCGUGUCCUGGGUCCGACAGGAUGGGAAGCCCAUCUCCACCGAUGUCAUCGUCCUGGGCCGCACCAAUUUACUAAUCACCAGCGCGCAGCCCCGGCACUCCGGCGUCUACGUCUGCCGAGCUAACAAGCCCCGCACGCGCGACUUCGCAACCGCAGCCGCAGAGCUCCGCGUGCUGGCCGCCCCUGUCAUCUCGCAGGCGCCGGAGGCGCUGUCGCGGACGCGGGCGAGCACCGCGCGCUUCGUGUGCCGCGCGUCCGGGGAGCCGCGGCCCACGCUGCGCUGGCUGCACGACGGAGAGCCGCUGCGGCCCAACGGGCGCGUCAAGGUGCAGGGCGGCGGCGGCAGCCUGGUCAUCACGCAGAUCGGCCUGCAGGACGCCGGCUACUACCAGUGCGUGGCCGAGAAUGGCGCGGGCACAGCGUGCGCCGCCGCGCCUCUGGCUGUAGUGGUGCGCGAGGGGCUGCCCAGCGCCCCCACGCGGGUCACCGCCAUCCCGCUGAGCAGCUCCGCCGUUCUGGUGGCCUGGGAGCGGCCCGAGCUGCACAGCGAGCAGAUCAUCGGCUUCUCCCUCCACUACCAGAAGGCACGGGGCGUGGACAACGUGGAAUACCAGUUUGCAGUGAACAAUGACACCACUGAGCUACAGGUUCGGGACCUGGAACCCAACACAGACUACGAGUUCUACGUGGUGGCUUACUCGCAGCUGGGGGCCAGCCGCACCUCCACCCCAGCACUGGUCCACACACUGGAUGAUGGUAGGGCCUCUGCACCUGCAGUGGGCACCUUGGGGCCCAGAGAAUUCCCUGGGGAUG